CGUACAAUCCCCGCUUCGCUAGAAACGUCGCUAGGCUAUAUUCUCCGCAUCUCCUAACGAAAAUGGCAGCCGCUGCUCCGCCUCCUCCACCAACCCCUGCCCCGGAGGCUCCUACUGGACUCCCUGACUCCGAUUCCAUCCCCGUCGGCCAUCCUCUCUUCUCCAGGAUCCGCCUCGCAACUCCAGCUGAUGUCCCACACAUCCACAAAAUGAUCCACCAAAUGGCCAUCUUCGAGCGCCUAGCUGAUCACUGCAUCGCCACCGAGUCCUCCCUCUCUUCCACCCUGUUCAACCACGCACCUUUUUCGUCCUUUACCGUCUUCCUUCUGGAGGUUUCUCCCAACCCACUUCCCAAAAUCACUUCUCCAAACUUCACACCCAUUGAGCGUAUCGUCCAACUCGACCUUCCAGUCAUCGACCCAGAAGCUGAAUUAUUCAAGAAUGGGACUAAUGAUGUAGUGGUAGCUGGGUUCGUCCUCUUCUUCCCUAACUAUUCGACGUUUCUAGCGAAGCCGGGAUUGUACGUGGAGGAUUUGUUCGUGAGGGAGUGUUACAGAAGGAAAGGAAUGGGGAAAAUGCUGCUGUCGGCGGUGGCUGCGCAAGCGGUAAAGAUGGGAUAUGGGAGAGUGGAGUGGGUGGUGCUGGAUUGGAAUGUGAAUGCUAUCAAGUUUUAUGAGGAAAUGGGUGCGAAGAUUUUAACAGAAUGGAGGAUUUGCAGGUUGACUGGUGAAGCUCUUGAGGCCUAUCGUGAUACCUUUUGAGGUUUGCAGGCAAAGUUUAGGGUCAGGGUUUUGUUUGGUUUUCAUUUGAUAUUAAGCUGGAGAACUAAACUGAUACUGUAAUGAAGAGUUUUUGAAUGAAAAUUGGUGAAGGAAGUUGUGAGAUUUUAGUUAUAUAUACUAUGAUGUUUUUGCUGCAAG